GCCUUCGGAGGGAGUCGGAGUGCCAAGGAGAUGGAGAACUUUCUGUAGGACAUGGAGAAAUAUUUCAAGGCUACUUAUGUGCCUACGGGAGGGAAAAUGACCAUAACCAGCAUGUAACUCUUCGGGGAUGCCAAGCUUUGGUGGCAAACUUGAAGUGA